AUGGACGCUCUCGAUAAGACGCCUUCCAAACAUGAUAGACUUCCUCAACCACAAAACACCAAUCACAUUAGCUCGGCUCCAUUCCGAGAAAAGCUCCUUUCCAAUUCAUCCUAUCUCGCAGCAGAAAUCCCACUCAAGCUUGGCCAUUGGGUCUCCCAUCUGUGGAAUCAACAAGAGCAACAGCAAUCAUCGAGCGACUCGACACUAUGGUUAUUAGGCUGCAAGUAUGCUGUGAACAUGAGCACCCUGGAGAAAGAUAUGAUGCGUGCACAAAGAGAACCCAUGUUUGAUACUACUACUUCUACUACUACUGGAGAAGACAACAACGACAACGACGACGACGAGGAGACGAGUGCAGAGACGGGCGAUACAACAACAGCAUCAGCAUCAUCAUCAACAUCACCUUCAUCUUAUGAUAUGACAAUGCCACCGGAUUUCUAUCACGACUUGUGUUCACGGUUAUGGAUGACGUAUCGACACAAUUUCCCACCUAUUCGACCUUCUGCAUAUACAACUGAUAUUGGAUGGGGAUGCAUGUUGCGCAGUGGUCAAAGUUUAUUGGCAAACACGUUACUCAUUCACUGUUUGGGACGAGAAUGGCGCCGAGAGGAUAAUGCAGAGCAAAACAAGGAAUAUCGCAAGAUUAUUCAAUGGUUCUUGGAUGAGUUAUCGCCUCGAGCUCCAUUUUCCAUCCAUCGUAUCGCACUCCUUGGCAAGCAACUAGGCAAGAGCAUUGGUGAAUGGUUUGGGCCCAAUACAAUCAGUCAAGUCAUCCUGGCCUUGGUUUCGGAUUUCCCUGCUGCUCACCUUUCAGUGUAUAUUGCAUCGGAUGCGGUGUAUCGCGACGAUGUGGAGGAUGUCAUUAGUGGAAAACGACCUCGAGGAGAUUACGGCUGGUGCCAAAGUCAAGAAGCACGUGAUAUUUAUCGGCAUUACACGCCUGUUGUGCAAGAACAAGCGGGUGGUGGUGGUGGUGGAGAAGCUGUGCUUAUUCUGGUAGCCAUUCGUCUCGGCAUUGAUCAGUUACAUCCUACCUAUUAUCCAGCACUCAAGGAAUGUAUGCGUUUGCCAUGGUUUGUGGGUAUUGCAGGAGGACGUCCCAAUUCGUCGCUCUACUUUGUGGGUUUACAAGGAGAUGAUCUCUUUUAUUUGGAUCCACACUUUUCUCGACCUGCUCUAGAAACAUUGCCAAUGCACGACUAUACCAAACAAGACUUGGAUACCUAUCAUUGUCCCAUCCCAAGGAAAAUUCAUAUUUCUCAAUUGGAUCCAUCCAUGAUGCUGGGCUUUUAUUGUCGAACUCGAUCCGAGCUGGAUGCAUUUUGUGAGCGGAUAACACAGAUGUCCAAGAUAUAUACACCUAUUUUCACCAUUGCCAAACGUGCUCCAGAGUAUGAUGAGGAUGUUCGAAGCGAAAAUGACUUUGGGAUCGUGAGCGAUGAAGAAGAGGAGGAGGAGGAGCAUGAUGCCGUUUCCGAGACAUCAUUGUAG